AUGUUUGGUUUUGCUGCCCUCGUAGUCUCCGCAAUCUUGUCCCAGGCUCAAGCCCACUACACCUUCCCUUCGCUCAUCGUGAAUGGCGUGACGACACCGGCGUGGGCCAACGUCCGCCAAACCAACAACUUCAACUCUCAAGCUCCGGUCAUCGACGUUACCAGCGCCGACUUCAGGUGCUACAACUCCGCGACUGGCGCGUCUGCAUCGACCAUUGCUGUCGCUGCUGGCAGCACUCUUGGUAUCGCGUGCGACCAGACAAUCUACCACCCCGGUGUGGUCAACGUCUACAUGGCCAAGGCCCCCAACGGCAACGUCAGUACCUUCAACGGUGACGGAGCAGUGUGGUUCAAGGUGUACCAAAUCACUGCAGUCACCAACGGCGGCUCUUCCAUUACCUUCCCAGCACAGAAUGUGCCUAGUGUCAGCUUCACCAUCCCCAAGUCGUUGCCGACGGGACAAUACCUCGUCCGAAUGGAGGCACUGGCUCUUCACUCUGCAAACACAUUCCAAGGCGCUCAAUGGUACAUUUCUUGCGGCCAGAUCAGCGUUACCGGCGGGGGCAGCGGCACGCCUGGCCCUCUUGUUUCCAUUCCCGGCGUCUACACCGGUAAUGAACCCGGUAUCCUCCUCAACAUUUACUACCCCGUUCCCGCUACCUACACCCAACCCGGCCCCAAGGUCUGGACCGGCUGA